AUGACUGUUGAAUUACCAGCAUCAGAACCUUUGUUCUUAGGGUUUGAUCUUUCUACUCAACAAUUGAAAAUUAUUGUAACCAACCAAAAAUUAGCUGCUUUGAAAUCUUACAAUGUUGAAUUUGACGUUGCUUUCAAGGAAAAAUACGGCAUCACUAAAGGUGUUUUAACCAACAAGGAAGACGGAGAAGUUGUUUCCCCAGUUGGCAUGUGGUUAGACUCCAUUAACCAUGUCUUUGAUCAAAUGAAGCAAGACGAUUUCCCAUUCAACCAAGUUGCCGGUAUUUCUGGAUCUUGUCAACAACACGGUUCCGUGUUCUGGUCUCACGAAGCAGAAAAGUUAUUGAGUGGCUUACAGAAAGACCAAGAUUUAUCAACACAAUUAAAGGACGCUCUUUCCUGGGACAAAUCUCCAAACUGGCAAGAUCACUCUACUCUCGAAGAAAGUAAGGCUUUCGUCGAUGCUGUUGGCAGAGAAGAAUUGGCAGAUAUCACUGGUUCAAGAGACCAUUUAAGAUUCACUGGUUUGCAAAUCAGAAAAUUUGCAACUAGAUCCCAUCCAGACAAAUACGCAAACACCUCUAGAAUUUCCUUGGUUUCCUCAUUCAUCACCAGUGUUUUGUUAGGUGAAAUCACCGAGUUGGAAGAAUCCGAUGCCUGUGGUAUGAACCUUUACGAUAUCAAGGCUGGUGACUUUAACGAAGAAUUAUUGGCCUUGGCUGCCGGUGUCCACCCUAAGGUUGACAACAUCACCAAGGACGAUCCAAAGUACAAAGCUGGUAUUGAAGACAUCAAGGCUAAAUUAGGUAAGAUUUCUCCAAUCACUUACAAGUCUUCUGGUUCCAUUGCAUCAUACUAUGUUGAAAAGUACGGCCUCAACCCAAAAUGUCAAAUUUAUUCCUUCACCGGUGAUAACUUGGCCACCAUUUUAUCCUUGCCUUUGCAACCAAACGAUUGUUUGAUUUCCUUAGGUACUUCCACCACUGUUUUGUUGAUCACCAAGAACUACCAACCAUCUUCCCAAUACCACUUGUUCAAGCAUCCAACUAUUCCUGAUGGGUACAUGGGUAUGAUUUGUUACUGUAACGGGUCAUUAGCCAGAGAAAAGAUUAGAGACGAAGUUAACGAAUAUUACAAGGUUGAAGACAAAAAGUCCUGGGAUAAAUUUAGUGAAAUUUUGGACAAGUCAACCAAAUUUGAUAAUAAAUUGGGAAUUUUCUUCCCAUUGGGUGAAAUUGUUCCUCAAGCCAAGGCCCAAACUGUAAGAGCCGUUCUUGAAAACGACAAAGUUAUUGAAGUUGGAUUAGACACCCAUGGAUUUGAUAUUGAUCAUGAUGCCCGUGCCAUUGUUGAAUCGCAAGCUUUGAGUUGUAGAUUACGUGCUGGUCCAAUGUUGAGUAAGUCUUCCCGUGCCAGUGUUACUUCCCCAACCGAAUUAAAGGGUGUAUACCAUGACAUUGUUGCCAAGUACGGUGACUUAUACACCGAUGGUAAGCAACAAACUUACGAAUCGUUGACCUCUAGACCAAACAGAUGUUUCUACGUUGGCGGUGGUUCCAACAAUAUUAGUAUUAUUUCCAAGAUGGGUUCCAUCUUGGGUCCAGUCCACGGUAACUUCAAGGUUGAUAUUCCAAAUGCUUGUUCUUUAGGUGGUGCUUACAAGGCCAGUUGGAGUUAUGAGUGUGAACAAAAGGGCGAAUGGAUCAACUAUGAUCAAUACAUCAACCAAUUGCUUAAGGAGUUGAAGUCAUUUAAUGUUGAAGACAAGUGGUUGGAAUAUUUCGAUGGGGUUGCCUUGUUGGCCAAGAUGGAAGAAACUUUAUUGAAGUAA